AAGCAGCAGUGCUGGACGUAAGACAUUCCAGGAGUCGUAGGACGGACAGGGAGGGCUUUCACGGAGGGGUCCUUGAGCCCGUGGAGGGAAGAACAGAGUCGCUGUCUGGACACAAAGUGUUCCGCGCAGGGGAAGCAGCCAGUGCAGAGGCCCUGAGGUGAAGGGCGGAUGCCCGAGGCAGGGGGGCCGCAGGGAGCACCCGCGGCAGCGGCACUGGCGGCAGGCCUUCCAGCCGCACUUAGCAGCAUCGCCACAGCAACCGGGGACCAGACGGCAGCAGCCAGGGCAGAGGCGAGUGGGCAGAGGCGAGUGGACGACUUCCCACCAUCAGGAGGACAGGGAAUGACUGCUGCGAAUCAGGCCAGGCCGCAGCCCGGGGAGGGGGAGUGUCGCUAGAGGGAGGGCCCGGCCACCUCCCGCAGCAGGAGCGCCAUGCCGGCUGCAGAAGAGGCGCCGGGGCAGGGGCUGCAGUGGGGCCCGGCCUCGCCCCGCCACCCACACUGAGUGCCCGAGGGCACACCACCCGCACCUCAGCGUCCCCACUCCCUCAGCGCGGAGGGAGAGGCGCCCGUCCUGUGCUCCCGUCUGGGCCCGCCGCCGCCGGACCAUGGGAUGCCGGCAAAGCUCAGAGGAGAAAGAGGCAGCGCGGCGGUCCCGGCGAAUCGACCGCCACCUGCGCUCGGAGAGCCAGCGGCAGCGCCGAGAGAUCAAGCUGCUCCUGCUGGGCACCAGCAACUCGGGCAAGAGCACCAUCGUGAAGCAGAUGAAGAUUAUCCACAGCGGCGGCUUCAACCUGGAGGCCUGUAAGGAGUACAAGCCCCUCAUCAUCUACAACGCCAUCGACUCGCUCACCCGCAUCAUCCGCGCCCUGGCCGCGCUCAAGAUCGACUUCCACAACCCGGACCGCGCCUAUGAUGCCGUGCAGCUCUUCGCGCUCACGGGCCCGGCCGAGAGCAAGGGCGAGAUCACGCCCGAGCUGCUGGGUGUGAUGCGGCGGCUGUGGGCCGACCCCGGGGCGCAGGCGUGCUUCGGCCGCUCCAGCGAGUACCAUCUGGAGGACAACGCCGCCUACUACCUGAACGACCUGGAGCGCAUCGCCGCGCCCGACUACAUCCCCACCGUGGAGGACAUCCUGCGCUCCCGGGACAUGACCACGGGCAUCGUGGAGAACAAGUUCACCUUCAAGGAGCUCACUUUCAAGAUGGUGGACGUGGGUGGGCAGAGGUCGGAGCGCAAGAAGUGGAUCCACUGCUUCGAGGGCGUCACUGCCAUCAUCUUCUGUGUGGAGCUUAGCGGCUACGACCUGAAGCUCUACGAGGACAACCAGACGAGUCGAAUGGCAGAGAGCCUGCGUCUCUUUGACUCCAUCUGCAACAACAACUGGUUCAUCAACACCUCACUCAUCCUCUUCCUGAACAAAAAGGACCUGCUGGCAGAGAAGAUCCGACGCAUCCCGCUCACCGUCUGCUUCCCCGAGUACAAGGGCCAGAACACCUACGAGGAGGCUGCCGUCUACAUCCAGCGGCAGUUCGAGGACCUGAACCGCAACAAAGAGACCAAGGAGAUCUACUCCCACUUCACCUGUGCCACUGACACCAGUAACAUCCAGUUUGUGUUUGACGCGGUGACAGAUGUCAUCAUACAGAACAAUCUCAAGUACAUAGGCCUUUGCUGAGGGGCUGGGCCAGCCCGUUUGCCUGUGGCAAACCGCCCCCCCCAGGGUGUCACACCCCAACCCAGCUCGUGCUAGGGAGACCCAGCCCAGGGGCAGAAAACGGGGCCUGAAGAAUGUGUCCCCCCCGCCCCUCCACCUCAUUGGCCCCCACGUUUCCACCAACAUAAAUGUAUAUGGAUAGAUUGCUAAGUAGGUAGACACGUGCGCGCGCACACACAGUCUGGAGACAGCAAAGUUCCCCCAAGUGUAGAGGUCUCUUUAAGACUUGAGGAGCUAUCACCAAGUUCCCUACAAGCCCUUCCUGCCCCUUCACUCUGCCUUCCCGAGUCGGCCCACUAUGCAUGGGGGCCUGAGUGGGACUAUGGGGCGAGGUGGCCGGGCCACCUGGAGGAGGCCAGCUCUGCCCCCGCCCAGGACUAGGGAGCUCGCCACUGACCAGGAGAGAGUGCUAGAGGGUCCACACGCCUUCCCUGCUGGACACGCCCACCUCUGGCCUACUCAGUACCACGUUCUUCGCUCUCGAACCAGGGUGUGAGGCCAGAUGACACCACGAACCAGACCUCCAGCCACUCACAGCUCUUUUUAAACAGCUUCAAAAUAUGCAGCAAAAAUCCACACAAUAACAUGAGUGGCACAAUUCAUUUCCAACUAGGCCAGCUGGGUUCCAGCUUUUCUUCUACUCGUCUGAUGUUUUAUAAAUCAAACCUGGUUUUCCUUCUCUGACAUCCUUUUUUUUGGCCAAACCUCUUGUGGUGUUUUCGCAGAAAAACAAAUACAGACAAUUUCAAAUGCAGUUGAGUAUUCUUUUUUAAAAUGCAGAUUUUGAAAACCUAUUUUUUUUCAGGUGGUCCGUUUUGUGUCUGGCUUGCUGAGUGUAACAGUUGUUAUCUGGACGAGUCUGUCCCUUGCUCCCGAGCGACGCCUCUCGGGGCAGCGUUGUACAUAACGCCUGUGCAGCGUCCUCUCGUUAUUGGUGCAGUUUCUGCUUCGUUUUUAUUUCAGAAAAUAAAUGUGAUGUAUUUAAAGAAGGCUCUUCACCUAGGAGUGAAUGAACAAUAGCUAAGUGUCUUGGUAUUUAAAGAGUAAUUUAUAUGUGGCUUUGCAAGUGGAGGAAGGGGAGGCGAGAGCCGGGCCCCCCUGCAUACCCUGCUCCUGAGAUGAGCUGAGAGCGGCUGCGACUCCUGUGAAGGCUCAGCCAACAUUACAGCCUGAGGGAGGCCCUGCUGGGACCCCAAGCUCCUGCCCCAGGGCCUGUGGCACCUGCCACCAAGAAAGGACCUUGGCCGAGGACCGCGUGUAAAUACGAAACCCUGCCGCUGCCGAGAAGGAAGGCACCGCCAGAGCCCUUGCCAAAUCUUCUCUCUCUGCCUUUGUCAGUACCCGUGUGUCCAAGGUCAGGGCGCAGAAUCACAGCCAAGGACUUUAAGAGACGUACAGAGGAGCUGAUAUGGUAUGAAAGUCAAAGAUUGUUUACUUUAAGAAAAUAAAAUAUCCUGAAUGAGC